UGGUGUAGUGGUAGUAUAGUAGUAGAAGUAUUAGUAGUAGUAGUAGUAGUAGCUGUUGUUGUUUGUUUCUUUGUUUGUAUAUCUAUUUUUCCAAGUAAAAAUGAGACUUUUAGUUUGAAAUUAUUACAGACCCACACGAACACCGGAAGGUACUUUAGGAAGAAUCCCAAAUACACACUUACUGCACAUACAAAGCGCUAGGCAGGGAGCAGGAGCCACUAUUUUCCACCCUCUCAGGGACUGUGAGUAGGCAGUAAGGAGCUGUUUGUGAUUCGGUCCUCUUAAACAGCGCGCACAGUUCAGAAGGGAACAUUUCAUAUCAGAGUCAUCAGCGUGAGUGAGAGCCGGUGAGAAUGGCACCACUUCCGGGUGCGGAGCUCGUGCGGACUCCGGUGCAGCUUUACCGCUACCUGCUGCGCUGCUGCAAACUGCUGCCCAGUCCGGCCAUGCAGGCACACUACCGACACACUGUCCGACAGAGUUACAAUAGCCACGCGGAUGAGGAUGACCCGGAACGAAUUGGUAUGAUCAUCCAGCGAGCUAUUUCUGACGCUGACUGGAUUUUAAACAAGUAUAUCAAAAAGACAGGAUCUCUAGGUCAGGAUGAAACAGGACAAAACAACUCUGAUCGAAGGUGAUGCUACGCUGGACUGCUAUAAAGCUCAUAGAAAGCUAUAUUAUGCUUAUUACCAAUCACUAUUGUAGGCCAGGGUUCCAAGGGAAUAAAGUAACAUGUUUAUUACCAAAAUGUGUAAGAAAAGAACUUAAUACUUACUGACCAGCUGUAUAUUUGUGUGAAAAUUUCGUACAAGCUAUUCAGUUGAACCAUGCUGGUAGCUUAUGGACCUCUGGUUGCAUCAUGUGAAUAAUCUGUAUUCUUUUCCAUUGUACAUAAUAAAUAUCUAAUAAACGUUAUGAGCUUUGGUUUGUCAGCACUGAUUAAAUCUAUGACUAAAAUGUAUGACUGUUUUUUUUCACUUUUGAACACUGUUGCACCAUCUGGCUAUUCAAAUAAUAAAAAACAGUCAUACCCAGUGA